AUGAGUGAGAAUGAGUUUAUUCUUCUUGAUCAUCCCAUCCAUCACCAUCAACUCAUUCUUACCGAAUUUGAUGGCACUAGAAGAAACCAAUGUGAAGGCUGCCUGAGGUGCUUCUUCUACGGCGAGGCGAUCUACGUAUGCACUCACCGCUGCAGCUACCCACUCUUACAUGAAGCAUGUGCAGAAAUGCCGCGAGAGAUCACUCUCUCCUUGCACCCUCAACACACCUCGUCCAAAAGCAAAGCUAUUGUAUUUGCGCAGUCUGCGACUAUGGGAUCAACUUUGGCUACUGCUGCAGUAUUAGCUCUUGCAGAUUCGAAAUCCACCCAGUUUGCGGAGGAGCAUCGAAGUGAUGGGUGCAACUUUACCUGCCACCUCGACCGCUACCACCUCCACGACCACCCGCUCUCCCUUGCUUAUGGCCUCCCACUUGAAUACAUCGAGUACCAUUUGGAGGAGUGUCAAGUGUGUUACAAGGAGUUGCUACCUAGAUAUUGGGUCUACCAUUGUGGGCUUUGCAAAUAUGUUUCCCAUAUCAAUUGCGCCCUGUCAACAACUGCCCUCAUGAUGAGCAAUACUGACGACGAUACGAAUGUUGUCGCGUUUCCUAUAAAUGACGCAUCGGAAGAGAUCAUUGGACCUUUUGUUGCUAAAUUAGGAAUACCGGCCAUCUCUCAUGAUAAUGAGAUCGUUAAAGGUAAAUACAAACUCCAUAAUCCCGACCAUCAGUUACGUUUAAUCUCACCAUCACUGCAUGAUCAAGAAGAAAACGAUAAUAGUGAUGAUGAUGUUGAUCUUAACUGUGGCUUAAAAUCAAAAUUAGUAUGUGAUGGAUGCACCGGACCAAUAUCAUCGUUAAAUAAGUACGUAAGUUGUGGUGAAUGCAAUUACAUUGUCCACUUAACUUGCUUCCAGUUACCGGUAGAGCUCUCCUCUCACCCAUUCCACCAAGAACCUCAUCACAUCUUAACCCUUCAAACUCCUCCCACACUCGACUCUGUUUUUUGCAACAUUUGUCAAUUUUAUACAAAUGGGCACUUUUAUGGUUGCACAAAGUGCGACUUCAAAGUGGAUAUAAAGUGUGUUUCUCUGCCCGAUACCAUAAAACACGAAACUCACCUACGCCAUAACCUCAAGCUGCAAACUGAAGAGAUAACGAGAUUCGGUUACAUCCGCCCCUGCAGAGCAUGUAAUUGGAGUACAUGGGAUCGAGUCUCCUACAAAUGUGAUGUCUGCCAUAUCAUGUUUCACGCUGAGUGUGCACUGCUGCCGAAACAAGUGAGUAAUCGUAGAUGGGAUAAGCACCUGUUGCUGCUAACGUACAAUGCUAGCGCCAACCAUCCAAGUAAAUUCUACUGCGAAAUCUGCGAAGAAUAUAUGAAUCCAAAGUGGUGGAUGUAUCACUGCAGAUAAUCCGAUGUUUCCAUCCAUACAAAAUGCUUGCCCAC